AUGGAGCGCACUAGUUUCGCCAGGAUCCUGGCGUGUCUUGCUCAGCUGGCUGUGGUGUUCGUGGCCAUGGUGUUUUGCCGGGCACGCACGGGGGGUAGCUCGAUGCAGCAGCAGCGGCGACUCCUCGAGCUGCCUCGGAAAACAGAUGUGAAUAUCGCUGUAGUGCAGGAGAGAAAUGGGCCCCACGGGUGGGACUCCAUCGCCCCGGCUACGUCAGUUACGCUCUCGAAGCGUGAGGAACCCGGCGGAGGCUCUUGGAUCGAGGAGGAUGCCCAAGGCGACUCACAACCAUCCGGGGUGAGCCAGCCUGCCACGUUCUUGAGGAGGGUUCAGGAUUGUUUCGGCGGUUGCGCAAGGAUAUGGGGGACCUCGGCGGCGCCCCGUGAUGAGAGGACACAGUCUCGUGUUCGUUACGGAAGUAGGCUGCUCCCGCAUUGGCGCCGUGGUACGAGGCUCAUCACUCACAGUGUAGCCGCUGCUGGUGCAUACCUCUCCACGCUGCGUCGACAGCCGAGUCCACCUACUUUCGCUGCGUUCAAUAUUAAUAGGGGCGGUGGCGCAUCUCCGACUCUCCACAACGCCCUGUACUUUCGUUACAGAGAACCAGGCGACAGGAUACUCGAAUAUUUGCUAUCAAAGCUCCCCCAAGAAGAACCUGUUCACUUGCCUCCUCAUGCGGCGGACCUCGAUAAAGCUGUGUCGAAGGCGUUCUGGCCGGAGGGCGACGUCGUGAGAGUAGAGUCUGUUCUCCGAAACGCACAAAGGCGUCUGCGCCGGAACCUCGUCACCGGCUGCGGUUCCUCAGGAAUUGUGUUCCCAGCGACAGACUUGGAUACGCACGAAGACAUAGCAGUGAAGAUUGUCAGGUAUCACCACCAGCCUUCGCUCGAAGAACUGAAGCUAGUAACCAUGGAGGCGCGCUGCACAAAUUUAUUUGAGAAGGUCAAAAGCCCCGAUCAAGCGUACGAGCUUCUACGAUUUCUGGUCCCCAGUGACGUAGUGAAAUUCCCUGAGCGCGGCCUGACCGUGGCCGUUUCCUCUGACGGCUUGACGACGUGGCUUGUGAACUUGUUUAUGCUGAUGCCGAGAGCUCACUUGAAGCUUACCACGGUCGUCAAAGCUUUGGCGAGCGGUUCUGUGCCUACUGGUCUGGCGUACCAUGCUAGACUGCAACUCUCGUCCCACGUUGUGAGACUGGCGGCUAAUCUUCAGGACCAAGGAGUCGUCCACGGCGACGUCGCGUUAUAUAAUUUUCUGCUCAUGCGCGACGGCCGAAUGCUCUUGGCUGAUUUUGGCAUUGCCUAUGCCGCGAGAGAGGAAAGGGCGUCUAUCCCGAAAGACUCUGCAUCUCACCAGAGAGUCACACCCCGUGAGAGUGUACAAGCGGAUUUCUCGAAAGAUGCACUCGGUGCAGGCCUGGUAAUAUAUCAGAUCUGGUGUGGAUACGCAGAAGGUCAGCAACCAGAUUUUUCUGAGUGCAGCGGAGUUCCGGAUUCUGUGAAGAGCUUGAUUCAAAAGUUCGUAGACCCUUCCCCGACGCACCGCGUACUCGCAAUGCAAGCUCUGCAUACCCCGGAGUACCUCCAGAUCAAAAGCGAAAUUGCACACGCAUUGCCGCUUUACGAGGACACUGCCGGGACAUCCGACGCAGCUGAGAUGUCUUCAGCAACAGGUGCAAGUGGCGUGUAG